UGGCGGAUUCAUUAGAACAGACACGAUUUUUUGUGCUCUAGAAUGAUUCAAUUUUGACCAUCUUAACACUUCUCUAGUCUGUAAAUUAUCACUUCACAACAUGAGAAUACCAUCCAGCAUAAGAUGAGAAUUCUGGAAUACCUGUCUUUGAUCAAGUUUGUGGCAUUUAUGGCUGCUUUGGUUGAGUUAGUAGGGUCGAACAGCAGCAGUUCAAACGACGAAAGUCAAACUAAAAAUAAUGACAAAGAUUUAACCAAACCUCUAGACUCCUGCUCCCUUAUUAUUGUAAGUACAUUGGAUGGAAAACUUUCAGCAUUGGAUACCAGAGAAAAUGGAGCACUUCGGUGGAGUUUGCCAGCAAUUUCAGGGCCUUUGCUGUCAUCUAGUCUUAGCUCUCUCCAGAAUGGAAAGCAGGUUAAGAUUAUCCCUUCUCUAGAUGGUGGCCUCUAUCAGGUGAAUGGAGAGAAUAUUGAGCCUAUUCCUUACACAGCAGACAAUCUGUUGGGAUCAUUUUAUAAACUUCAAGAUGGUUCAAUGUUGGUUGGAGGAAAAGAAGCAAUAUCUUGUGGUAUUGACCCCAAAUCAGGAAAGGUGAGGUAUGUGUGUUCAGCUGAAGGGUGCAAAUUAACUGACCACGAGACAGGUGAUCAUGUUCAAGACAGUGAUAUAUUUGUGGUGAAGAGAACCAAGCAGACUGUUAGAGCUGUAGACCAGAGAACAGGAAGUGAAAGGUGGAAUUUUUCUGUUGGACAACAAGAUGUCACAUUCUUAGAUUCUCUAACAAAUGAUCAAGACACAAAAUGUCCAGUAGAAGAUAGUGAAGAAACAGUAGAAUGGAAGUUGAGAGUUUCAAUUCCAGAUGGAUUGAUUGCAGCUGUAAAGCUUCAUGACAUGGCUGGUAUCGACAGUGAUAUUGUUUUGUGGAGUCAUAAAUUUGAAUCACCAGUCAAUGCUGUCUGGAUGCUACAUGGAAGCGAUUUAAAAUCAGUUGAUAUUUUUAGUGAAGAUGUUUUGCCAGGGCUGAGAGAUGGUCUCCCAGAGGAAGGCUCAGAUAAACCCAUCAUGUAUCUUGGUUCUCAUGAAGGACAAGUAUAUAUCCAGCCCUCACAGCAUUCUUUCAAUCCAUUAUUGGAUUCUGCUAUCAAAGUGCAGUCCAAAGGCAACCAUGAAGUUGCUAGAAGACCAAGAGCCAUCACAUGGAAGCCAAAACUUGCAACAUCAGCUUCCCGUACUCCUACUGUAGUGUCCAAGGAAAUUGCAAUAUGGAAUCCUGUGGAAUAUCCAUUUGAUAAUGGUUAUUUCUUCUUUGGCCAUGUCCAACCAGUUGUCCCUCCUCAUGGAAGAAGGAUUGAAAACUUUGAUAACAAAAAUGAGACUCUAAAUACAACUAACAAAGAAAAGAGUCCUGAAAAAUCAGUUUUAACAAUGGAAUACUGGAAAGGAGCCGUUCUUAUUGUUUUUUUUUUGGUAGCCAUUGCUYGGUAUAUCUUCAGAUUUUUGCUUCCCAAAACACAAAAGACACCAGAGAGACAAAGGCUGCCAUCUGCUCCUAAUGCAUUAACUGCAAGUUCGUCAGAGCCAGCAUUGCAAAGAGAACAAUCAUUAACAUCAAACAUUUCAUCAUCAUCAUCCAUGAACAACAUCUUUGUUUCAAGGUAUACUACUGACUUUGAACAUGAACUCUGUUUGGGUAAAGGAGGCUUUGGUGUAGUCUUUCAGGCCAAAAAUAAAGUAGAUGACUGUCAGUAUGCCAUCAAGAGAGUACGUUUACCAAACUGUGAUGAGGCAAGAGAAAAAGUCAUGCGAGAAGUAAAAGCACUGGCCAAACUAGAACAUCCUUGUAUUGUGAGGUAUUUUAAUGCCUGGUUUGAAGCACCUCCUGUUGGUUGGCAAGAAGAUAUGUAUUUAGAAAACAGGACCUCCACCGAUAUGGACUUGGAUUCAGACGUUAAUGGGCAUCCUUGCACCACUCAGGGAGACUUGAAUAAUUCAUAUAUGGUAGUAAGAAGAAGGAAAAAGACAAGCUCAAGUACAAAGUCAAAGGGUUCUUCAAGCAACUGCAGUGAUGAUAAAGAUGGAAGACAUACUACACUUACAGCAGCUGAGGAAGAUCUCAGUGUCCCAUUUGAUGUACACCAACUUGAAAAUGAAGCAUUUCUACUAGAAGAACCAGACACUAGUGGGUCAUUUGGGAUCGAAUUUGUUGACUUGAGUAAACGUGAUUCUGGUGUUAGAGUCUCAUCGCAGCAAGAUGAUGUUGAUGAUGGUGAUGACACAGAUGAUGGAAUUGUUCUUAGUAGUGAUUGUACUGAGCAAGAAAAUCAAGACGUGGGUCCCUUAUCAAGGAAAAGUAGCAAUAGCUCAAGCUGUAAGUCUCUGAGUCCUUCAUUUACGACAUCCGGGCAGUCUCUUCUGUCUGGUAUGCAUCACAAGUGCAAGAGUGAAAAAUGCAACCAAGAUACCCUCCAAGCACCCUUAUACUUAUUUAUACAAAUGCAGCUGUGUCAGAGAGAGAGUCUCAAGGACUGGCUCAAAAUCAACAAUGAAAGAGAUCAUUCUUCUUGUCUAAAUUUCUUUGAUCAGAUUGUCAAUGCUGUAGAAUAUUUCCAUGGUAGAGGGAUGAUGCAUAGAGAUUUAAAGCCAUCCAAUAUAUUUUUCUCACUGGAUGGUUCAGUGAAAGUUGGUGAUUUUGGUUUGGUGACGGGUGUUCAAGAGCCAUCAGAUAAUACUACAAAAGGCAAAAAUGGGUUCAUAGAUGCGAAUCAUACAGGACAGGUUGGAACACAUCUAUACAUGAGUCCUGAACAGAUUGAAGGCAAAGCGUAUUCAUACAAGGUAGAUGUUUUCUCAUUGGGUCUAAUUUUCUUUGAGCUGUUUCAUACAUUCAGCACAGAAAUGGAGAGAAUCAAGGUAAUGAUUGAUGUUAAACGAAAGGUUAUGCCAGAGGAGUUUGAGUCCAAGAUGGCACUCCAGACCCAACUGGUAAAGUGGAUGCUGUCUGAAAGUCCAAAGAACCGACCCACUGCCGCAGAAAUACGUGCUAGUGAGAUUUACAGUAAUGUCGUGAAAGAUAUUCGGCGAAAAAACAACACGGAGGCACUUGAAUGAGGCCACUUUAACUCAUUUUCAGCACUCCAUUUUCUCAACUAUUUGGUUUUUAUUUAUCAAAUACAAAAAUAUUUACAUGAUAUAUAUAUAUUGGUUUCUAAAUGGAUUGUAAAUAGUUUUCCGGCAUAAUUUAAUUUUGCCAUAAGAAUCCAAAUUUCUGGGGGUUUGGAAAGAGACCAUAAUCUAGUAUUGUUGUGUUAGUGAUCAAUAGGCAUGUUAAACAUCGAAACAAAUGUAGAUAAAUAAUUGAAUUUCAUAGAUAAUUUUAUUUAGAGUUACCCUGCGAUCAGAGGUUUUUUUCUGACCCUCCGUGAGCCUCUGCUCGCAGGGUAAUUUAGAGUUGGACCUCUUUUAAGAAAUUGAAAAAAACGCAACAAAAAAAAAAAACACAAAUGAGAUGGAAAAUAUUAAUUUAUUAAAAAUGUUAAAAGGAAAAUACAAAUGUCAUAUCUUACGAACAUACGUUAGAAAACUGAAAUAAAUUAUGCAGUUAUUUG